AUAAAAUCACUUAGGAUCGAAGAUAUGCGCGCGUGAGGUUUUUUACACAUCCUGUCUGCACACAACAAACAUCACCGACACACUGCCGGCUGUGUCCGCGCGGAGGCCCAAAUGUCUCCUGCGGUCCACAAAGCUCUCCAGCAGCAGGUAUGAUGGUCCCUGUGUGCGGUGAGCCUUCAAUGGGCUGAGCAGACCACAGACGCCACUAUAACUCCGCUAUAAUAUAGACAUAUAUAUCCAGGAAUUAGCCGCGUCCCACCCGCUGCACAUCCAACCGGAACACCUGGAAACAUGGGAGUGUGUGCCCGCGAAGACAGCUGUGGAUUUUAAAGGCCGGGACGAGGAGACAGACAGACAGACAGACAGACAGACGGACAGACAGACAGACAGACAGACGGACGGACAGACAGACAGACAGACAGACAGACAGACAGACAGACCGCAGCUGCGUUCAAAAUGCUCUGAGACAGCCCGACAGUGACCGAGAGGAGAAGUGUGUGAAACACAACAAAGACGAAACAUGAAGGAGAAAUCGAAGAACGCGGCCCGGACUCGGCGGGAAAAGGAGAACAGUGAAUUUUAUGAACUGGCCAAACUGCUGCCGCUGCCCUCCGCCAUCACCUCCCAGCUGGACAAGGCGUCCAUCAUCCGCCUGACCACCAGCUACCUGAAGAUGAGGAUAGUGUUCCCCGAAGGCCUUGGGGAGUCCUGGGGUCAUGUGAGCCGCAGCACUCUGGAUGGCGUCAGCCAGGAGCUGGGCUCUCACCUCCUACAGACGUUAGAUGGCUUCAUUUUUGUGGUCGCUCCAGAUGGAAAAAUAAUGUACAUAUCAGAAACAGCAUCCGUCCACUUGGGCCUGUCGCAGGUAGAAUUGACGGGAAACAGCAUUUAUGAAUACAUCCAUCCAGCAGACCACGAUGAAAUGACAGCUGUCCUCACAGCACACCAGCCUUACCACUCACACUUUGUUCAUGAAUACGAGAUGGAACGCUCCUUCUUUCUGAGAAUGAAAUGUGUCCUCGCUAAAAGAAAUGCUGGUCUCACCUGCGGAGGCUACAAGGUGAUCCACUGCAGUGGCUACCUGAAGAUCCGUCAGUACAGUCUGGACAUGUCUCCAUUCGAUGGUUGCUAUCAGAAUGUUGGGCUGGUGGCCGUCGGCCACUCGUUGCCGCCAAGCGCCGUCACAGAGAUCAAACUGCACAGCAACAUGUUCAUGUUUAGAGCCAGCCUGGACAUGAAGCUCAUCUUCCUCGACUCACGGGUUGCAGAGCUGACAGGAUAUGAGCCUCAGGAUCUAAUAGAGAAGACUCUGUAUCAUCAUGUCCACAGCUGUGACUCCUUCCACCUGCGCUGUGCUCAUCACUUGUGUGAGUUAGUGCUCGUCAAAGGUCAGGUCACAACUAAGUACUACCGUUUCCUGGCCAAACAUGGCGGCUGGGUCUGGGUUCAGAGUUAUGCAACUAUUGUGCACAACAGCCGCUCGUCACGCCCUCACUGCAUUGUCAGUGUCAACUAUGUUCUCACGGAGACGGAGUACAAAGGCCUCCAGCUUUCUCUGGACCAGGCCACAUCCAAGACCUCUUUCCCCUACAGCAGCAGCACCGCCAGCAGCCUCACAGACAACUGCAGGACUCCCAAGAGCAGAGUAACCCGGCCCAAGACCAAAGCACGACUCUCUCCGUACACUCAGUAUUCUAGUUUCCAGACGGAGCGGUCAGAGUCUGACCAGGACAGCCCGUGGGGCAGCAGCCCGCUCACCGACUCAGCCUCCCCUCAGUUGCUGGAGCACGGCGAUGGCCUCGACGCCUCCUGCUUGUACAGGCAGUUCAGCAAUCCCCGGGCGCUCUGCCACAGCCUGUCAGAAGAGCAGCAUCACGCCGCCGGCAAUGGCUACACACACCUCCACAAUCAUGGUCAAGGUCAAAGCUGCGAGCGUGGCCGAUGCGAGGCCGGCCGGUAUUUUCUAGGAGCACCGUCGUCUGGCAGGGACACGUGGUGGGGCACCCCCCGGUCCAUCCUACCACUGGGCAAGAACUCCUUGGAGAACCACGAGGGAUACGACAGCAGCAUGCCACACAUCACAGCUGUCCACAGCUACCACGGCCGGGGACACUGGGACGAGGACAGCGUGGUCAGCUCUCCAGAUGGAGGCUCGGCCAGUGACUCAGGGGAUCGUUUCCAUGCCGACCACUACCGCUGCAGCCCGCAGGAACCCAGCAAGAUCGAGACACUGAUCCGAGCCACGCAGCAGAUGAUCAAGGAGGAAGAAUGUCGACUUCAGCUACGGAAAGGCCCUCAGGACGUCCUGGUGGGGCCAGCCAAUGGACUGCCCAAGGGCCCUGGUCCAUGCUUUUCCCCUGAGUACAGUCAAGGCCCCCUGCCGCUACAGACCGUAGUGUGUCGAGGUUUGAGUCAGGUGAUCAGCCCUGCGCCCAGCCCUGCCCCGCUCUCCAGGCUCAGCAGUCCAGGGUCUGAGCGCCUCCACAAGCCCAAAGACUACCUCCAGGCAGACCUGUCGCCCCUUUCUUUGCCAUUACACCACCCAUUUGGUCGGCCAGGGCCAUGCUCAGCCUCCCCCACCCCUGCCCCAGCCCUCUACCCCUCUCAUACCCACCCGCGGCCCUACUUGGACAAGCAUGCAGCCUACUCCCUGACAGGCUACACUCUGGAGCACCUUUAUGACCCAGAGAGCCUCCGGGGUUACUGCACCUCUGCCAGCACGGGCCCCACCCACUAUGAUAUGACCCCUCACCUCCGCAUACCGGCAGAGCAGACCCCCGGACACAAAGGCACCUCUGUCAUUAUCACCAAUGGCAGCUAACACUCAUCUAACACACACCAUGGGACUGCAGGCACACAGCCCGAGCUGGUUAGACUAGUUUCCAUCAUACCGAUCACUUCUGACCUAAAUCACACCCACUGCUUCAUCAUGGAGCUUCAUUUCAACAGUCAGACCCAAAACAUAACAAGAAUUAGACCAGUUCCAAAGAGGCUCUACCCAAACAGAUCCAAACAGGAAGAACACCAUCACUAAAAGCACCCAGAUGAAACACAGGGCUAGCUUUAGCUGAUCUGUGUUCACUUACAUUAUCUUGAAUAUCAUUUGGACCCCAACCUCAAGUCCAGCAGCAAAACAGUGAUGAACGUGUUAACUGCUGCUCCACUUAAACGUCAACAAGUCCUCCAAAUGAAACAACUCAAUAUUUCUGUAUAUUAUUUCUCUCUAGAACGAGGACCAAUACUCUGACAGAUCACAUGACACGUCAGGUUUCAGGGAACAUGACUAUUCCAUUAGGUUGUCGCCAUGGUAACAAUACAAUCAUAACCACGAUUAAGGUUAGGAAGGAUCGUGGUCGUUCUUUAAAGAAAGAUGUUGGCAGUUUAUGUUUUGACUUCCUCACUAUGAAUCGUCACAAGGGGCUGCAGCCAUGAUUAACCAACUAGACCGACCUACACCUGUCACUUACAGUCAGCACAGCAGAUCUGAGUUCAGAUGUGUAAAGCUGGUGAUUUUUAAUUCCACAUUGUUGUUAGAUAAAUGAAUGCACUAUAAUCAUGAACCCUCCGGCUGUAAUCACACAUCAUUCUAUCAUGGUUGCAUCCUUAGUUACAGACUUCCUCCACGGUUUUCCUCCACUCGAGGCCUACGUCACUUGAGCAUAAAUAUUCUGUAUUUGCUGAAACACGUGAUACUGUCGAUAGUGCUGUCAGACAAACAGGAAAUACAUCACAGUACAGUCCAUUAUCUGAGUUCACAGACUGAAGUGUAAGUCACUCUAAGUUCAAAUGAAACAAUAUUUUAGUCAGAAUUGAUCGGUAUGAUGAGAAAAAGGAAUCAGUGGUGACCAGUGAUGGUUAGAAAGUGUCUGGAGUCGUGUUCUAACGUAACAUUGGUCCCCACGUGUCUAAACUUUUGCACUAUAAGAGAUGGAGUUGUGGUGGAGAGCUCUCCAUGUUUUUUGAUGUGUUUGGAUGAGGAGGAAUGACAGGGUUGGGUGUGGUGCACUUUGCAGUGAUGCAGACUAAUUCAAGUUCACAAACUAAUAUGCAAAGCCAUUCUCACAGUGACAUUUCUGUUCUCAGUUUAGGUUUCUAGCAGGAGAGUGAAGACAGAGAAGACACAGGCAGACAGUGUUGACCCUCAUGUUGACUGUGCAGUAAGAAGCAUGGAUACAGUCAGACAGGUUUUAAUAGUUAACACAGGAUAAUCAGGAUUUGAUUGGCAGGACAAUAAAUGACCUGAUACAUAUUCUACAGCACUCCAAGUAUCACAUGAGGAAAGGACAGGAGACAGUAAACUUCAUGUUUCCAUCCUAACAUCUAUGGUAAUGGUUUCUGAGUGAGUGUAGGCAGACUGACACGUGUGAUCAUAUGCAAUUUGACCUGUUGGAAUGCCAGGUAAGGCAGCUUAAUUGCAUUCAUUAAGACAGAUCCCUCAAGCAACUGUUAAUUAUUGUUCUGUGGGCAUGUUUGUACAGCAGGAUUCAUGUUUUCUCUCAUUUUCUUCUUUUUGUCCUCUUCUUUAGAUGAACCUAUAUUUAUACAAGUUUGGAUUGUUUUCUCAUUUUGUCAAAGCCUGACAUGUGCUCCAUCACUAAAGUUAUUUAUGGUGUACUGUAAAUAUGCCCAUAAAAGAAAAUCCCACCACAUUUUAGCACAUGGGCGAGAACUGUAUUUAUUAACUGAAUGUUUCUUUAUGAUUUUGAAAUAUAGCUGCAAUCAAAUCCAGUCUGCUUGUAUAUUGAGUGUGUUUUUGACUGAAGCAAAUUCUAAAAGAAGACUA